AUGAGUUUCAACUACGAAGACUGCACUACUAAAACAUUAGAUCGUCUAACGCUACUAUCUAGGAUUACCGAUGUUGAUAGAGGUGAUCCUUCCAUGCCAUGCUUAUCAGAAACCAGGUUUAUCAAGCUGACUUUGCCAGAGCCGCAACCAGUUCCAAAAGUUGAUCAGAAUGACUUUACUAUAAACAAACAAGAAGCCACGCCUGAAAAAGUGCUUGAUAUUAUGAAAACUUUUGGUGUUUGUAAGGUAAAGCAACUUUUCACUGUUGAAGAAAUUGAUCAAAUCAAUAAAGAGCUGGAUCCUUUCUUUCAAGCAAAGAAAGAUGAUCCUAGACUAUUUCCUAGGGAGACCGUUAAGAUUACUGAAACUAUUUCAAAAUCACCACAAGUCGUCCAUAAGAUAAUGUCGCACCCACUAAACUUGGGUGUUACACAUCUUGCUCUUGACCAGGCCAACGUUUUCUGGAUUGGUGAAAACUUAAACAUCGGCUUCAGUCCAGCAACUGUAGCAAGUUCAAUAGGAUUUGAGAUUCAUCCAGGUGCCGCUGGUCAACCUUUGCAUAGAGACGACCAAUCUGAGCAUAAUAUCAGGAGGCCUCAAACUCCUCAAACAUUUGAUUAUAGAAAUGAAACCCAGAUUGGUUUUUCAGUUGCCCUAUCUGAUACAACUAUCGAAAAUGGUGCAACUAGAUUCAUUCCUGGUUCGCAUUUGUGGGACCAUUUGCAAAAGCCAAAUCAGGAAGACUGUAUCCAAAAUACAAUGAAAAAGGGUGAUGCUACGUUUAUGCUUGCGUCUGUUGUUCACUCUGCAGCUCCCAACAUCACUGAAAAUGAGGUUAGAAGAAUUUUGAUUAUGUUUAUGGGUAGAGGUAAUAGUAAGUCAAAGGAGAACAACUAUAUCAAUUGUGAUUUUAACUACUUAAAGCAGUUCUCAGUAGAGCAACUUACUCGUAUGGGUUUUAGAAUGAGUGAACCAUACGGUAACAUGCUUGAAUUGCAGGAUCCUUUGACUUUUAUCAAAGACGAUUACAGAAGAAGAGCCAAUUAUUCAGAAGUAUGUAAAGUUUUAUACGACUAA